GAUCGCUAGCUUGUUUGCUUCUUGUUCUUGGGUUUGAAAAUGAAGGUUUUUAGUUUUGAAAAUCUUUGCAUUUACGAUGGAUUUGUUUCAUUUUGUAUUUGAAAGAUAACAUUGUUUGUUUAGUUAAUUUUGAUCAUGGAUUUAAAUUUUUUUGUACCAUGGGUCUCAAAUUCUUACCUUCCAUGACUAAAUAUCAAAUCAAAUGUGGUAUUUGCAAAUACGUGGAGUUCACAGAUUUGGAGCUAAAACACGGAUUUGUAUACCUCAACAAACAUUAUUUUUCAUCAAAUACAUUAUAUUUGGAUGACCAAUAUAUCACCCAAAUCUUUGAUAAUAUUAUGAAGUGCUAACACACGAUGUCAGACAAUCGUUUGUGUUAUCUCCGUUAAACUCCUCAAUUCUUCUAGGAGGGGAAAAUUAAAAACCACAACAAUCAAUUCGAUGAUGGUUGUGAAAUCAAUUAUAUUUGUAUCACUAAUCUCUAGGCUAAGCCCUCGACAUCAUCUAACAAAGGCGGUGAAUCCAAUAACUGCCGCCAACAGAGCAUCAAAUCCCAAUCAACACAAGCCAAAAUGUACAUGUCCAUUUCACCUCCCCUUGUGUGGAAACUACAAAGAUGACAGUUUUAGUGUUUUACUAAUACUUCCUACCUGAUUAAUCACCUUCCGCAACAACGUUAACCCACUAACCCAAACCCCUAUUUUAUUUCUAGCUAGUAUUACAAGUCAUUAACUAAUUAAUUACUCCACUAAUCACAAGUUCUCAACCCUACAUAUAUCACCUAAUCACCACAUCCCAUCACUACACAUCCUCGUGACAGAUCUCAGCAGAAGGAGAAAGAAGAGAAAUGAACAAGCCAAAUAUCAUCCAUCAUGCCUGCCUCCUUCUCCUCUCCAUCAUCGUCUCCUCGUCCGACAUAAACGUCGUCGGCGCGAAGGUGAUGAUGGAGUACAUCGGAGCCACGGGGUCGCCGAUCGAGUUCGACGCCGUCCCCAUCCAACCAGGCAUCGACUUCCACUUCAUCCUCGGCUUCGCCAUCGACGCCGACCCCUCCGGCACCCCGCUCAACGGGGAAUUCAAACCUUACUGGGCCGACACCCUGAGCCCAGAAUCCAUCUCGUCACUCAAAGCCCAAAACGGCCCAAGCGUCAAAGUCAUGGCCAGCCUCAGCGGAUGGAGCCUCGGGGGGAAAGUGCUCCGCUGGACCCGGCCCAAUAACCAAUCCUUGUGGAUAUCCAACGCCGUCUCCUCCCUCCGCUCCCUCAUCGCCACCUACCACCUCGACGGCAUCGACGUCGACUACGAGACCUUCGGCCGCGGCAAGGGCGACAUCGAAAGCUUCGCCUUCUGCAUCGGCGAGUUAAUUGCACAGCUGAAGCGGGAAAAUUCGAUCUCCGUCGCCACAAUUGCGCCGUUCCACACCACGGUGGCGCCCUACGCGGCUCUGUUUCAGAGGUACGGUGGGUUGGUUGAUUAUGUGAACUACCAGUUUUAUACGGACAAGGUUAGGAACCCGGUGGCUUACCUGGCCGCGUUUCGGCUGCGGGCGGGGCAAUUUGGCAAGGGGAAGCUGCUGCCGAGCUACGAGGUGAGUGGGAGAGGGAUUCAAGGGGACGGGUUUUUUGACGCGCUGGCGAUGUUGGAGAGGAAUGGGUUUGGCGUUAAUGGAGUUAUGAUUUUCUCGGCGGAUGCUUCUGCGGCGGAGGGUGUUAAUUUCGAGUACGAGAAGAAAGCUCAGGCCUUUCUACUCAAUGUCAAUAGCACCCAUCUUUCGUAGGUAGAAAGAAAAUGUGUUUCGACCGAAUGGUAUAGAUGCUAAUAAAAUAGAGUCGGAAUUCAUAUCGAACAUAAGUUAGCCAUAUUAGAUUUCAGUUAACAAUACUAUAUGAAGAUUCUUGGGCAUAACCCCCUUAAACCUCUUUUUCCGGCUCUCAAUACAAUCCACGGAGGGAUAAUUUAGUAAACAUGUUGUGGAUUUAUUCACGAAUCUGGGGCCAAGCCCAAUCUUCUUUUAUUGCAAACUUGGGAUACGGAAACAGAAUAGAUAAUUCACCACUACAAAUCUGAAUAAUUAUAUGGGGUUGGUUAAAAAAAAAAAUUUGGCGGCUAAUUGGUAGUUUCAACUUUCAAAGCCAAAUUCUAAACUAAAGAAAAAAAACUCAUUAAGCUAAUAAGGCAAGACCAUCACUUUCACCCGUAAACUUUCAUGAUUUGGUCAUGCCGGUACAUGAACAUUACUUUCCAUCAUACCAGUACACGAAUUCAUAUUUUUGGUCAUCGCGGUACAUCAACCGAUUCCAAUCAUGAAACCGGCAUGAGUACCAAUGGUAUGACCAGCAUGAUAAAUUUACGGUGUUUAAAUAAAAUGACAUUGUUUUAGUAAAUGAAAUUAACAAAAUAAUUUAUUUAUUUCAAUUCAUUUGACGUUAAUGGUAUUUCACAUUUGUACAUAUAGUUUAUUAAAUCAACACAGGUCGGCAUGAACUAACAUAAACCGACUGUACGAAAUUCAUAUUUUGGCAAUCGCGGUACAUCAACCGAUUCCGGCCAUGAAAUCGACACGAAUACCACAAGUAUGACCAGCUUGAUAAAUUUAUAGAGUUUAAAUAAAUGACAUUGUUUUAGUAAAUGAAGUUAAUAAAAAACUUUAUUUAUGAUUUAUUCCAUGAAUAUGAGAUUUAAAUGUACAUAGAUUUUCUUGAAAUAUGUUAUAUAUAUAACAUCAAUGCACCCAACUCUAAAAGUAGUCAUAGACAUAAUAUUUUGAAUUUUAACUGGUAGCAUUAGUCUAAUAUGAUGAUAUAACAGAGAAUCUCAACUAAUCAAUCCAUUGCUUUAACCCCUAAAUCUUCAAUUUUGAACAUUAACACAAAAUCCCAAAAUGUGAGCCCUAACCCUAAUUCUCUAAAUCAUAAACCCUUCAAAUCAAAGUAAAUACUUAUGAUUUUUUUUGGCAAAUUCAUGGGGUUUCAUGCCUAUCAUAUCACAAGUAAUGAUUGACAUUGUUUAGACAUUAAUCGCCUACUCAAAAUGGCGAUUAUGAGGCGGGUGCACUGAAUGCACCCGAAAAAGUGAGUAUGAUCCGCGGCAACAACUAUCUAUCUUGGUGCUUUUCCCCUUGACGAACAUCUCUUUUCCUUGUGAGAAAAAAAAGGGAUUCAAUUAUCAAGAAGAUUCCUUCUAUUCCACUCAAUUUUAUCUUUAUUCUUUUGCUCCUAUUCCAUGAUGAAUUAAUGUAAGCACAGCCAUCCCCUAUAUGUCUAAGCCCUUUUCAAAGGAUACUCUCUCAGGGGUAUAUAUAUAUAUGGGGAGUUGUACGGUAUCAGGGUGAAAUCCAGGGUACCGCAUAGCUUGAGUAAGAAAACGCUAUCCAAAACUUGAAUUGACUGAUCUUUCGGACAUGAUACUAUACUCUAACCCUUAAAGAUCAAAAUAUAGGUCUUAAUUCUCU